UUUAUCUAUAUGGCAUCACUGAGUUAUUGGGUGCAGGGAUGCUAGGUCCAGCUCCUCCGGUCUUGGUAGAGUGUGAGGUGAGGUGGGGGUAGGGUGGGUGUCUUCUCAAUGCCACCGGUGAUUCAGAGCCAAGAGGAACCUGGAGCUCUAGGACCGGUGGCUGGCAGCACCCUGAGCUGGCUCCGCGCCCGGCCCCCGCCCUGGGCGCGGGACCAGCAGUGGGGCCGGAACUGAGCCGGAGAGUUAAUAUUUGUGCGAAUGCCGCAGAGACAGGCAGGCUCGGAGCCGUGUAGGACACAGGUCUUCCAGGGGGGUCUUGCCGCUGCCCUCAUGCGGUGCCUUUUCUUUCUCUCGCGGCUAACGCCGCCCCUGCUGCUGUUGCUCCUGUGCCCGCUGCCUGUGCGGGCCCAGGCUCCCACCGCGUCCGCCCCCUCGGGAACGCCGGGCGCCCAGGGCUGCCCCGAGGCGUGCGCGUGCACGGCGGGCGGCCAGGCCAACUGCUCAGGGCGCGCGCUGCCCGUCGUGCCCGCGGGCUUGAGUUGGCACGUGCGCAGGCUGCUGCUGGACCACAACCGCGUGCGCGCGCUGCCGCCCGGUGCUUUCGUGGGCGCGGGCGCGCUGCUGCGCCUGGAUCUGCGUGAGAACGGGCUGCGCUGGGUGCACGCGCGGGCCUUCUGGGGGCUGUCGGCACUGCAGUGUCUCGACCUUGGCGCCAACCAGCUGGAGGCGCUGGCGCCUGGCACCUUCGCGCAGCUGCGCGCGCUGCGAAACCUCUCGCUCGCAGACAACAGGCUGGCGCGCCUGGAGCCCGCGACACUGGGGGCGCUCCCGCUGCUGCGCGCGCUCAGUCUGCAGAACAACGAGUUGUCGGAGCUGGCGCCCGGCGUGCUGGCCGACCUGCCCGCGCUAGGCGCGCUCGGUCUGCGCGGCAACCCCUGGGCCUGCGGGUGCGCGCUGCGCCCCCUGUGCGCCUGGCUGCGCAGGCACCCGCGGCCCGCGCCAGAAACCGAGGCGCUGCUCUGCGUGUCGCCAGGUCGCUUGACGCUCAGCCCCCUGGCUGCCUUCCCCGACUCCGCCUUUAGUCACUGCACGCAGCCGCUCGCCGCCCGCGACCUGGUGGUGAUCUGCUCGCUUGGGCCCGUCUCCUUCCUCGCCAGCCUGGCCGCCUGCCUGGCUCUGGGCUCCGUGCUCGCCGCCUGGCGUGCCCGCCGCCGCCGCCGCUCCGCUGCCCGCCGCCCCCCGAGGAGACCUCCGGACCCCGGAUCUGCCCCGGCAUCGCCCGCGGACCUCGGGAGAGUCGCCGCCUGUGCCCGAACUUGAGCCGGCGCGCUGGCCUCCGACCUUCCCCGCCCUGCUGCCCCUUCAUGUUCCUCCCUGUAGUCGAACAAGUGACACAGA